UUAACCAAUAGCAUUACCAACAAUUAUGCUUGUUCUUCGGGCAGACGACCAUUACGCAAUAUUGCCGCCUUUUGUGACUUGAUACACAUUUAAGAAGACUGAUGGAGAUAGAAAGGCAUCAGUUUGUUGGCCCCAAACCUGGAACAUAUGUGGGGAAAUUCAUCAUAGAGCAAUGGAAAAAAUUGAAGGUAACAUUAAUGCUGUGAAUGAACAACGGAAAGAGAAGAUGCAGCCUCAGCUUGGUAUCGAUGUUUUCAAAUGGGAUGCUUGUCAUUUGCCACUUGCCAGCCACAGUGUAGAUGUUUUCAUUACUGAUUUGCCAUUCGGGAAAAGAAGUGGCUCAAAGAAAAACAACUGGAAAUUAUAUCCAGCAGUAAUGCAUGAAAUGGCACGGGUUGCUAAGCUGAACACUGGUCGGGCCUGUCUUCUUACCCAGGACAAAAAGUGCAUGUUUAAGUGUAUGCAGCAUUUUGCCAAAUACUGGAAGAAACAGUCUUACCUUUGGGUAAACAUUGGCGGGCUGGCUGCUGGUGUGUGGUUAUUCCGAAGAACAUCUGCUAAGCUUUCUGGAGCUCCAGUUUCAACUCUGUGGCAUUCUCCACUACCAGAAAACUGUCCUCAAGAAAUGCCAGUUCCAGACAAUCAAAUUCCAGAUCUGUAAAUUGGGAUCUAAUGAAUCCACAUAUUUUUG